CAGGAGGCAACUGUUAAUGUUCACCGGUGACAACCACGGCCCAAAGUAACCAUGAAAGCUAGCAAUAGUAUACUGAAACCCAUUUCCAGAUUAACAGAUACUACUAAGCUGAGAAUCGUUAAAUCUGAUGCUAAAGAGUAAAAACUGAACUUCCUCAGCUCUCUUUCCAAUCCUAACUCUUCACCACCACCACCAUUUCGGACGGACGCUGAUUACUCUUUAUCAUCAGUAUAUCCGGUAAUCUACUUCCAAAUAUCCCGGCGAUAAUGGCCGGAAAGCUUCAUCAACAAGCAUGGUCAUACAUGUGUUCUCUACAAGGCUCUCUCCUUACUCUUGCAAUCCUAACCCUAAUUUCCUUCACUUACCUUACCUUUAACUCCUUUCAAUCUUCUUCGUCCAUCUCUUCCUUUUCUCCUCCUGUGGUCUCCAGCCCCGUCGUAGACCAGCCACUGAUACAGAUAAAAGAUCAAGAAGAACCAUUUGACAAUGACACGAAAGGGAAAGAGGAAUCAUCCGACGAUGGCACGAAAGGGAAAGAGGAACCGUUUGACGAUGAAAUGCCGGAUCUAUACCACUCGCCGAAGAUUUUCAAGUUGAAUUAUGAGGAAAUGGAGAGGAACUUCAAGGUUUAUAUAUAUCCGGAUGGAGAUCCCAACACCUACUAUCAAACACCGAGGAAAUUGACUGGAAAAUACGCUAGCGAAGGCUAUUUUUUCCAGAAUAUCAGAGAAAGUCGCUUUCGAACUGAGGAUCCAGAUCAGGCACACCUUUUCUUUAUUCCGAUCUCCUGCCACAAGAUGCGAGGCAAGGGCACAUCCUAUGAGAAUAUGACCAUAAUUGUUCAGAACUAUCUGGAGGGUUUAAUAGCUAAGUAUCCCUAUUGGAACAGAACACUGGGUGCAGAUCACUUCUUUGUCACUUGUCAUGAUGUUGGUGUAAGGGCUACUGAAGGAGUUCCAUUUCUUGUAAAGAAUGCAAUUCGAGUUGUGUGCUCCCCAAGCUAUGAUGUUGGAUUCAUUCCACACAAGGAUGUUGCUCUUCCUCAAGUACUGCAGCCUUUUGCCCUUCCUGCUGGUGGAAACGAUUUAGAGAAAAGGAAAGUACUUGGGUUUUGGGCAGGUCAUAGAAACUCUAAAAUUAGAGUUACUUUGGCACGAGUGUGGGAGAAUGACACGGAGCUUUAUGUUUUGAACAACAGAAUAAACAGGGCUACUGGAGAUCUAUUGUAUCAAAAGAGAUUUUACAUCACUAAAUUCUGCAUAUGCCCUGGUGGUUCUCAGGUCAACAGUGCUCGCAUAGCUGAUUCAAUCCAUUAUGGAUGUGUUCCUGUAAUCUUAUCCAACUACUAUGACCUGCCAUUCAAUGACAUUCUUGAUUGGCGAAAAUUUGCUGUCAUACUUAAGGAGCAAGAUGUGUACCGACUCAAGCAAAUUCUGAAGGAUAUAUCUGAUGAUGAGUUUGUUACACUACAUAAGAAUUUAGUCAAGGUCCAAAAGCACUUCCAAUGGAAUUCGCCUCCGAUUAAAUAUGAUGCGUUCCAUAUGGUCAUGUAUGAUCUCUGGUUACGCCACCAUGUUAUCAAAUAUUAACUGGACAAUAUUUACGGCUAGUUGACUGUUGUAUAACACUCUAGAUGUUGCAUGCUAACAGCCGAAAAGGCUUGUAGAUUCCUGGUCUCAUACAUCAUGACCCUUUGGAAGGGAUAUUGGAGCACAAGUAUGUUAAUGUCAUUAUUUGAUUUGUUCUUUACAUUCA